UUUCGAACAUGGCGGCGAACCUCCCUCGGGAAAGGUUGCCUGCACACCUGAGUUACGGUGUGACCAGGGACGGGAGAAUAUUUUUUAUCGAUGACCGACUCCAGACGACGUCUUGGGUGCAUCCCCUGAGUGGCAAGCCGAUACAGACGGGUCACAAACAAGUACAAGGACUCCCUCGGGGCUGGGAACAAGCGGUCACCCAGGAAGGAGCUAUCUACUACAUAGAUCAUAAUUCAGGGACCACGACAUUUGACCACCCGUUGGAGAAAUCCAAACAUCAUGCACCUUCUUCUCCUAGUUCCCCACCAGUCCAACAACUAUCUCCAGGGAGUCCAUCAGACAAGCAGUAUCCAUUGCGGAGAAUCUUCACCCCUAAUGAGCUGAAUCUAGACAAGUUAAAGGUCAAUUCGCCAAAUAAAUUAAGGCCACUUAAAGCACCACCUGCCAAACGAGACGACAACGCCAUGGUAACUCUAAAGGGCUGGCUGUACAGACAGGAGAGUGGAAGUUGGAAGACAUGGAAGAAACGUUGGUGUGUCCUGUCUAAUUUCGGACUCUUCUUCUACAAAGAUGACAAGGAGAGUCACACUGUUGGGUCUAUCCUGUUGCCUAGUUACAGAAUUGAGGAGUGUAGUCACACAGACACCAGUAAAAAGUUUGCCUUUAAAGCAGAGCAUAAUAAUAUGAAGACAUAUAUGUUUGCCUCGGAUACACAGGAUGAUCGCACACGUUGGAUUGAGGCACUUAAAUGUGCAGCGGUGCUCAAAAAUCCUCCUUCGAAGGAGAAGGAGACGAACAACAACACACCUCUCCCCAAGCUUAUUCCCAAGUCACCUUUCAUGACAUGGGAUGAUGAUGAAGAUGAAGAUGAUGACCAAACACCUAGGGGACUUUCCUCAUGGCAAAAUAAAGUAACACAGGGUUACGACCCUGGACCUCAGCGACCAGGUACCCAACAACCACAAAGAUCACCACAGGAUGUCAGAGGUCAAGGGUCACCUGGAAGUCAUUAUGCAAGGAAUGACCCCAGAUUUGCAGAUGAAGAUCCUCGACAGCAGGGAAAUCAAAAGGACCCGCGAGGACAAUAUCUCGGUAAUCAUCCACGACUCCAGGAUGAUCCCAGAAUGGCAGAUCCAAGGAACAGAUAUACACAUGAUCCUUAUCGUGAUGAGCCUAACAAUCCCAGGGUAGCAACUCAGCCCCAGGAGCACAGACAAUACUCUCAGCAUCAAUCCCGAUCCCCAGGGCAGGAACAGCACAUCAAUAACCCAUACUCUCACAACAAUACUCACAUGGAUAUGCAGCACCCCAAUGGGUAUGGGGACAAAGGUCAGCUUGGUGACCAGGAUCCAUAUAGUUAUAGUACCAAACACCAUAAACAUCCGGGCAAUAUGGGACACCAUCGACAGGACCCGCAACAGAUAGACCCCAGACAUGAUCCACGACAAGAUCCGAGACAAAUGGAUCCACGACAAGAUCCAAGACAAAUGGAUCCACGACUAGAUCCGAGACAAAUGGAUCCACGACAAGAUCCAAGACAAAUGGAUCCACGACAAGAUCCAAGACAAAUGGAUCCACAUCAAGAUCCAAGACAAAUGGACCCACGAAAAGAUCCGAGACAAAUGGACUCCAGACAGGACCCUAGGCAGAUGGACCCAAGGUUUGAUCCUCGACAAAUUGAUCCACGACAAGAUCCGAAACAAAUGGACCACAGACAGGAUCCAAGACAAGAUCCGAGACAAGUGGAUCCACGACAAGAUCCGAGACAAAUGGACCCACGACAAGAUCCGAGACAAAUGGAUCCACGACAAGAUCCAAGACAAAUCGAUCCACAUCAAGAUCCGAGACAAAUAGAUCCACGACAAGAUCCGAGACAAAUGGACCCAAGACAAAAUCCGAGACAAAUGGACCCGAGUCAAAUGGACCCUCGAGAAAAUCCACGCCAGAUGAACCCUGAAGAGGACCCAAGAUACUCUAGAUCAAACAAAGACUCUUAUGGUGGUCGAAAGGCUGAUUCCAUGCCAGCCCAGUUUGUUAGGAGAGGAGACGAUUACAAUAGGAGGGGAGAGUCCCUUCCUGGUCACUAUAACCAAGAUGUGUCUCCUAAUAGUAGCCUUGAACAGUACCCAGGUAUGAAACCAGACAAUAGAGGAACACAUGGUUCUCCUAAUAAUAGUUUGGAUCCAUACUCCAUUAGGAAAGGAGAUUCCCUUCCAGGACGAUACUCAAGGGGGCAGGACAAUUCACCCAACAUGAGUAACUACUCCGACUCGGUUUACGACAGAUACACAGGACAACCUAACAUACCUCAGCGAGUGCCUGACUCUCACGACCCCUACAGCAGGGACCAGUACAACCCAGGGUCAGGGUCACAGGAUUCAGGGCCAAGGUCACGCGAUCAUGGCUACAGUGAAGGGCCAAAUCAAAGAUUUCGUGAGCCAGAGGAAGCGAUGAUUAGCCGAAAAGAUGUUCCCCAGCACGCCAAAUAUAGACCUACCCGAGAUACUCCUUCAGAACGUUCUAGUGACAAUGAGGCUCCACAACAGACAGACUAUGAGGGAUUUUACUCUCCAAAACGGGAGUCAAAGCAAAGAGAACUUGCUAAUCGACCUCUACCUGCCAUUAAAGUUCCCAAGGAGGUCGAAAACCCACCUGUAACUCUGAAUGCCCACCACCAGCGAGAGGAUACUGAUGAUGGCUAUAGCACAUUGACAAAGUACCAGGAACAACGACGCAAGAAAGCUCAGGAACAGCUAGAGGCCCCCCACCCAGGGCCAAGGUCACAACAGGACCUUUAUGAUCAAGGUCAGGUCUACUCUAGGCAAAAUGAGCAGGAUUUGGAAAUGAGAGCACCAGAACAUCAGCAUGAAACCUUGCACACGUAUGUCAACUUGCCUGAUAGGGCCAGUCUUCGAGAGCUUCAGGACCGUGAUGACGGUGUGGAAUAUAUAGAAGAAAUGCCUCAACGUCCCCCACUCCCCACUUCCGUACGCAAACAAAUUGUGGAGGAGAUUGCUCAAGCCAAGACUCCCAGGACAUCUGAAGAGAUACUGGAGGCUGAGAGGGCCCUGGAGACCAGGAUGCAGCAACCCUCCUAUUUCAACUAUCCAACACCUGUUUUCCCACCAAAGGACCACCCUGUUUUUGAUGAUCCUGCAGAUUGGCAACAUGGACAGCGAGGUAACAAUAGUUUAGCCAGGCCGUCUAAUCUCCAGGUAGGGGAUGAACAAACAAGGGGCAGUAAUGCUGGUUAUUAUAAAGACCAAGUGGAUGAAAGUCCAUCAAGGGAGAGAACUGUGCCAAAACAAUUAUAUGGACAAGGACGACAAAAGCAACCAGAGGGGGAAAGGAGAAGGAGAGAAAAACCAAUGGGAAAGCCAGUAGAGGAUGCUACAGAGGUUGAAGUAUCGGGCAUGGACAGAGAACAAUUUGAGGAUGAACAGGCACAGGACAAAAUAUCUGUGGACGGCACAGACCUGAAAGAAGAAUCAAUUCCGGGGGACAUUGCGGGAGAGGUCCAGGAAAAUAUGUCUACCAUUGCAAACAGUCAAAGUGAAGGGUUAGAUAAAAACUCUGAAGUCUCUAUAGACCCAGUAGACAGGCUUAAAUCUACCGAGAGUGAUCUAGAUCGAUAUAGGUCUCCUGAAGGGGCAGUCUAUACCCAGAUUUACAGGCAUACACAAAGGGAAGCUAGAGAUACACAGGUAACAUCUAAAAUGGAGGAUAAAACUGUGGAAAAUAGGUCAAAAAGACAGACAAAACAGGAAAAACACACAGACAGAAAGGAAAGUGGCAGGAAAAAGAAUGCCAUACGAUCCCAGCUUGAGAGUCUGGGUUCAGGUGCUGUGAUCAGUAACUAUGCCAACUUGAACCCUCUGGACAUGCCAUAUGAGGAGGUCCACAGACUGGAGGUCAGUAGUGAGGAGGAUGAGGCUGACUUGGCCAUGAGGAGGAAAGAACGAAGGUCAGCCUUCCGACCCCUCCUCACUAAGCCUCCAGGCAAGGACACACUCCAGCGACUGGACCGUUUAAUGGGUACUCCUCCAUGUCCCCCAAGCCCUGUGGGGUCAGAUAGGGUCAGCAAAAAAAAGCAGCAUAAUUCCAGACCAGCAUAUCAUAGCGACAGUAAACACAACUUGUUUGAAGAAGAUGAAGAGGAGGAUGAAACAGAGGUGAAAAAGAGGAUAUCCAUGGCUAGUAUAGCAAGUUCUAAUGGUUCACAGUUCAGAGGUCACAACUUCAGAUCAGGUGAGGGGGGCAGAAGACCACCUGGAAAGUUAGACCCAGGACCAAUACACACAGUAAAGGAAGAUCCUGAUAUGGCUGAUGAAGAUGUCAUUGAAACUCGAGGUGUCCCUAACCUAAAGAAAUAUCCUCUUAGUGGUGGUCGCAUCAGAAUGAGCAUCUCUGCUGGAGACCUCAUUGGCAAAACGCAUGACGAGCUUGUGUUGCUGCUGAUCCAGUUACGACGAGAGCAUGCAGAUCUAGAAAAGGAACGCAACUUCUUCCGUGAGAAGGUUGAUCUACGACGUGCCUCGGAACACAACUAUAGGCGUCUUCUACAGGAAUCAGACGGUCCAUUUGACCAACUGACAGAAAGAGAACACCAUGAAUACAUGCAACUACGCAACCAGUUAGACGACGCAGAAAAAAGGUUGGAGGUAUACAGACCGAUGGUCAAUCUGGUGCACAACAUGGUCAACAUGGGCAGUCUAUAUGGAGGAAAUAACUUUAUGUUGGCCAGUCAAUACAGGAAGCACCUGUUGUCUCCUGACGAGUACACGCCGCCCAAGAAGAUGCUGGAGUUUUCACGGAAACACCAAGAGGAGAAGAUUGUACAUGGUAUCAAAGAAGAUAUUAAACAGCUAUCUUCUGAUGAAGUCAUUCUGGAGGACAAGUUAGAGAAACUGUACGAGUUAGACCGACGGAUGCAUGAGCAGUCGUACCAUGUAGCUCAGGCUCAGGAGGAUAAGGACAUGUUGGAGAAGGCUCUACAGGGUAUCCUACGCCAGCAGGACAUGAGUCGGGAUAACCCGCGCGAACAGGACCAGCUCAUCCACCAGCAACGCACCAUUGAGAAAGAGAUCUCGCGUGUCAUGCACCAACUGGCCAAGGCCUCCAGGGAUCUUGAAGAAACUACAGCAGAAAAUAAUAUGAUUGAACAUGAAGUAGCAUUACUAAGGUCAAAGGUCACAGGGGAACUGUCUCGUAGUAAAAGUGCUCCGUCUUUGUCAAAUGAGAGUCUAAGAAACAAAAUGAAGAUGGAGAAAGACCUGGCUCAGGUGAAGAACAUCAUGGCUGGAUUAAACCAGCAGGGAGCAGAACUGUCUGAAGCCAUGAACACGUUACGGAGAUCUUCUGCCGGAGCCAAAUUCGCAUCAGCAUUUACUAAAGUCGACCAAAAAAACUUGCCUAAGCCUGCACCUGUAAGUACUUACAUGGAGACAGAUCUAGACUCCGCCAAGACAACAGACCUGUCACAGGUGCAGGAGAUUUUACUGUCCUACCGUGACCAAACGCCCAUCCAGACCUCGCCCACCGUUACUGUCAAGUCUCAACAUCAACCCAUCAUGUCCGUCAAGCAAACUCCUAGUCUGGGGACCACCCCUAGCAGGGUCCCAGCUGUGGAAGAUGCUGUGGAUGGACCAUGGGACAUAGAAGAUGCAGACGAAAACACCAAACGAUUUUUCGGUCUCCUGCCCAAGGACAAGCCUAAGACACUGACAGUGCGAGAUGUCAAGAGACAGUCAGAACAGAGGAAGGAGCAACUCAAAGUUCGUAAGGAACCCGAGGAUGAUAGUGGAGAGCCCUGGAGUUAUAAUGGUACAGAUACAGAGCAGCCUGCUGGUUCAAAUUAUAUUCAACCUGGCCUCAAUAAUCAGGGGCCUAUAUACGAGAAUCUUCCACCAACCGAUUCUGCCUUGAGGAAAACAUGGUCAUCUGUCAAUGCUCUGGGCACGAAUGGCUCGGCCCCCAACUCCCGCCGAUCAUCUGCUCUCCAUCUUAUGAUGCCCCGCCCAUUUGUGCCAUUUGGCAGCCAACCAACAUCCACACAGACAAGUUACAGCAGUCUAAAUUUAGACAACCAAUCAAAGACGAGUGGGAGUUAUAGACUUGGCCAAUCAGAUGAUGACUCUGUAGUAAAGGCGACUAGAGUGAUAAUCCAACCUCAGCUGGACGAGGCUGAUAACCUUGCCAUGAGCCCCACAAGUCCUCCUCGUCAUGGCAUGUUCAGUGUGAAGCGCACCCCUAGAGGGCGCUAUAUGACAAUUUCUAGUAGUCAGCCGGUGAAGUUAGAGACAAGCUUGGUACAACCAACCACACCCAACACAGCAGCUGGAGACUUGAUUGUAAACAGAUCUAGGUUGGAUGUUCCGGACAUUGUACAGAGCUCACAGAUGCGGGACGAUCAGACGAUAGACUCCGGUACUAUAGAUAAGGAGAUUUUGUUUGUACCGGACAAGGUUCUUAUCCCUGAACGAUAUAAUCCAGAAUCGGACGAGGAGGAUCUCACCGAGGAAGACAAAGCUAGAAGACAUGAAAAGGCGGAAAAAAUCAAAAAGCUGCUUGCUCAGCAAAGCGUCCACUCGAUCUCCCAGCCCGACGUGAGCCAGGUCGCUGGGGAGUUACAUAAGAAGGUAGAGCAGGAGAAGGUAAAGCGAGCCCAGCUUUUACAGGUGGGACAGGAGCUCGCGCGACAGGUGACACUGAAGACACGACAAGCAGCAGCAGAGAGAAGGAAAACAUGGUCAGGUUCACCUGCCAAGUCUCCAAAGGAACGAGAGAUGGAAUACAAUUUUCUAAAUGGACAUGACAGUGAUUUACAAGGUCAAACACGUGAUGAUUUGUAUGGACAUACUCAUAUCAGCAUGCAGGAGAAACUUUUCAUAUGAUAGGUCGCAAAACCCCUCGGUUAACAGCUUCUGGUUGGCUGUAAUGUUGAGCAAAGCCUUCUGAUUGGCUGUCAUUUUAAUCAAAGCCUUCUGAUUGGCAGUCAUUUUAAUCAAAGACUUCUGAUUGGCUGUGAUGUUAAUCAAAGCCUUCUGAUUGGCUGUGAUGUUGACCAGAGCCUACCAAUGUUGAUGUAGGGGUAAGCUUCUUCUGAUUGAAGUCAAUAGUAAACCUGUCUUCUGAUAAGUUAAAAAAAGACUGUUUUCUUGCCAAAUGUCUCAUUCUAAAUUGGAUCUUAAUUGAUAUUUUGUCGAUCACCAAAAUACUUUUACUGUCUGUAUAUGACAGUAGCAAUUUAACAUAUUAACAUUGUCACAUGAGCUAAGAUCACUGGAUGGUUAUCAGGAGAGAUAAACACACUGCCAUCUGACUGGUUACGAUUUGUUGUAGCUCAAAUGUGAUUGACUGUGUCAGACAAAUGUGAGAAGUGACACAAUGUUUUUGAAAAAAUCGUCUGAAAUGACUGUUUUCCUGACCAAUUGCAAAAUGAUAUAAUAUUAACAAUGCUUAUACCAAGUUCAGUAAAGGAGUGCAAUUUACGAAUGUCCAAAUAUGACCUAGUUAAUACCUGGUAAAAUACGAGUGAACAAGGCUAACAGGUGUUGUAAUGAAUCAGGAAUAAAGGAAAUAAAAGUUCUAAAUCCGGACUUUUCUCAGUACUAGUAUUUAAGGAGGCUUGCUGUCAAUCAAAACAUGCGAUUUCAACGUCCUUAAAGUUAAUUCUUCGAAUGGUUUUUCAUUUUGAAUGCGCCUUAUAAAAUAUAUUCUCACAAUGAAGAAUACAUAAAAUUGUUCAUUGAAAUAUUCAUUUCCUCUAAAAGCUUUAACACGUACAGUAUAUAUUUAUAUCUGUUGACUUUAAUUGGGCUAUCAACUCGUUUCAUUGUCGUGAACAUUCAAUUUAAAGGUUUUGAUAUCAAUUAGAUUUGAUUUGUUUUGUCAAGAAUCUCAAUCACAAUUUAAUCGAAAAUGUAGUUGUGAUGAUCCUUGUAUGGUACUUGAACAUUGUAUUUAGGUAAUGGCUACGCAGUCAUGUUUUUGUUUUUGAAGCCUCCACUUUUGUUUGGAAUAUUUAUGUGUGAAUAGUAUAUACAUAUGUAUUCUAAUUUACAAUUAACAUUGAGAUACAGGAAAUAGCAAAAGUUUGUGAUCAAAGGUAAAAAGUGUUGUCAUUUCAGUGUUAACUAUAUCUGUUAGUCAGGGAUGUCAGUAUGACAUCCUUUCUGUAAAGAGUGCUAUGUGAUACAAGGGUCUCUGUCUAUUGGUUACUCAGCAAUAUCGGUCACUCUCCAGUACCUAUACCUAAGGUAGGGAGGGACCCUAAGUAUUGGUCACUCAGUAAAUAUCGGUCACUCACCAGUACCUAUACCUAAUGUAGGGAGGGACCCUAAGUAUUGGUCACUCAGUAAAUAUCGGUCACUCUCCAGUACCUAUACCUUCAGGUAUGGAGGGACCCUAAGUAUUGGUCACUUAGUAAUUAUCGGUCACAAGUAUAUACACCUAAUGUAGGGAGGGGUCGUAAUUAUUGGUCAGUCUGAUCUUUACAGUAUGAUUCCCUAUAUAGUCAGCAUCUCGGUACUCCCUAAUAGGUUUUUUUGGGGGCAGACACUUUUGAAAAUUCUUGUCCUGUCAAUAGGCGGUUUUGGGAGAGGCACUAUUGAAAAUUCUUGUCCUGUCCAAUUGGACAUCUUUGGGAGGGCAGCUAUUGAAAAUUAUUCUCCUGCCCAAUGAAAAUGUUUUGGGAAGAACCCUGUUGAAAAUGUCCUGUCCAAUAAGAGUGUUUUUUUUUGUUCUUUUUGAUAUUCUUGUUCUGUCCAGUAGGAGUGUUUUGGGAAGGACCCUAUUGAAAAUUCUUGUUCUGUCCAAUAGUGUCAUGUGAGGGUCCUCUAUGGGCCAUUCUUGCCCUGACCAAUGGUGUCUUGUGAGGGCCCUUUGUUGGCCAUUCGUGUCCUAAAACAAUGGUGUCGUGUGAGGGUCCUCUAUGGGCCAUUCUUGACCUGACCAAUGGUGUCUUGUGAGGGCCCUUUGUUAGCCAUUCUGGUCAUGACCAAUGGUGUCUUGUGAGGGCCCUCUGUUGGCCAUUCGUGUCCUAAAACAAUGGUGUCGUGUGAGGGCCCUUUGUUGGCCAUUCUUGUCAUGACCAAUGGUGUCGUGUGAGGGCCCUCUGUUGGCCAUUCUUGUCCUGACCAAUGGUGUCUUGUGAGGGCCCUCUGUUGGCCAUUCUGGUCCUGACCAAUGGUGUUUUAACAACAACCCUUUAUCGAUUGACCAUUAUUGCUAUGUCCUACUUGCAUUUGUGAGGGGCCUAUCUAUCUGUGUGCUGUCCAAGCCAAUUUCUAAAUCCUACUAAUAUAUGUAUAAAUUUAUAAGUCAGUGGAUCUUCAAUGAAGCUGUAAUGUUGUCGACUAAACCUGUGAUAUUUUACAUUGUUGAUAUUGUUUGUUCAGAUAUUAGGUUGUGUUGUGUAACAGUUUUAUGUUAAUAAAAUUUAUCAAGUUAUUUUAUGACAUAUUUUAGAAAGGAUUGAAUAUUUUUGACAAGUAUAGAUCAACACUUCAAAUGUUCAACAUGCCAUUUAUAUUUUGCUGUAGACUGUAACGUAAGUAACCGUGGUGAUAGUGAUUAAUGUGCUGUUUCGUGAGCAAAAUGAUUCUUUGUUCACCAACAAUUAUCUUUAACAGGAAUAUAAAUAAUCAACACUGUUUUAUGUUAUUUAUCUAAAUGUGGCGUUUUUUCCCUCAAAUAACUAUCGUAUAUUGAGGUUUUUCUAUGUUUUAUUUAAGUGACUUCAUUCAAAUACAGAGGUUAGAUAUGAAAAUGGCAGGCUAUUUAUUUCAGUUUUGCAUGAUAUUUUCAGCAUGUUUACUUACUGGUUGGAAAUCUGUAUAAUUAAUUUCCUGUUUCCAAAUUCAGGAGGAUUUGUUCUCAUACGAAAUACCCAUUCUCGUCCUGAAUAUCCACCAUUUCCACAUAUUUUGCUCUGUAACCCCCAAAAGAUGUUAUUGUGGAGAGGUGCACGCAACUGGCCAGUUGAUGUAGUCUUCGUCGGUUAAAUAAUUGACUUAUUGUUAUUCUGUAGAUAAAAUCAUGAGACAAUUUAUUGUUCUUCUUCUCUUUGCAUGUUUUUUGUUGAUGUGAUGUUACUAAAUUAUUAUAAGAUUGUUGUCUAUAUAUAUAUACAUGUAUUAAGUUGUCAUUGCUGAGACCGAUGAUGCCUUUAUAAAUCGCCCAAUUAAAUCUCUUGACAGUAUUGUUAAAAAUACAUUUUGUCUAUUAAGGUUUUAUUAACAAAUGCAGAUUAGGUUCGUUUGCUAUUUGUGUCAACUUUUGGUAAUAGUUGUAUUGAAAACGAUUUAGUAGGUAUUGUAUCAAUGAAAUAACAAUUUUUUUGAACUCAUUCUUUUAAAUAUGUCAUUCGAAAGAUUAUUGCAUAGAAUAUAAUAUAUCAAUUACUUUAAGUCAAGAUGUUUUUUUCUGAUUAUGAUUUUUCAUAGCAAACUACGUAGAACCAUAUCAAUUUCAUAUUCAUAUCAGUUAUAUAGCCACUAUGAUGUAAUUUUAUUACAUUGUACAUAUGCCAUACAGAUUUUUUUACAAUAUUUUUGUAUACUUAUAUCAUACAUUGUAAUUAACAUAUCAAUAUAGGACCAAUGUAUAAACUGGAUCAAAAGUCCAGGGAAAUCCAGCUACCCAGGGUAGCUACCAGCAAUAAACAAUAACGAAACCCAUGAA